CGUUUAGUUCUACACUAAACAGUUCACAGCGAGCGAAAGUGUUAAUUCCAUUGAAAGACGUUGACCAGCCGAAACGGCACAAGCAACACCACCAACAACAAAACCAACGACGUUCGGAAGAAGCAAGUUGAAUUGCUAUUCUAGCGGUCACACCAACCGAAAUCCUACCUCUACAGUUUGAGUGAAGAAGAAGCGAUCAGGUGACGUUUGACAAUUUUUUAUGUUUUGUUUACCUUUAAACUUUUGUUUGCCUGCUAAUAUUUAGAGGCUCAUUGGGCGUAACUGAGACUCAAUUGUUGGUGGCCGUUGUUUUAGUACACGGCCAAAUUUAGAUAGAACAAUACAAGCUUUGUUUCCGUCUCAAACGAAAAAAACGAUUGGACGGUGUUGAAUAUUUGUAUAAAUGGAGAUUGGUGGUCAUUGGACGGCAUCAGUCAAGUUGCAUUCUUCAGUGGAUUAGCAGGUAUACCUAGAGCCGCACAAAAAAGGAAUCACCUGUCACACUACACACUCUACCUCAAACAAAGGAUUAGGAAUAAUUAACCUAUAAUGAAGAUCCAUAUUUGUGCAGUUGCUUUAAUCGCACUCAUAGUGCCUAGUCAAGCGACUUUUGGUAAAUUGGCGCUGCUCUCGGCAGUUGGAGGUGGCAGCAGCGGAUAUGGUGGCGGCAAUUACGGUCCUGGCUAUGGUCCAGGAUAUGGAGGUGGUUACGGAGGCAGCUAUGGAGGCGGCUAUGGUUAUGGCGGUGGAUACAACGGUGGCUAUGGUGUUACGCCCUACUCCAAUGGUGGUGAAAAUGUGGUAAAAGUGAUUAAAGUGACAGUGGUGCCCGGUGGCGGUAGUUACGGUGGCGGCUACGGCACAGGCUAUGGUGGAUAUGGUUAUGGCAGUGGCGGUUAUGCGAACGGAGGUGUAGCCACGUCGGCGGUUGUAACGCCUGUGGUGUCAACCAUUUCAGCUCCUGUAGCAGCUCCGAUAGCGGCUCCAAUUCCAGCGCCAAUCUCCUAUGGGGCCACCUAUGGCAGCGGUUACGGUUAUGGCGGUGGCGUUGGUUUAGGAUAUGGUGGUGUUAGUGGUGGUGGCAUCGGCGGCAUUGGCGGUCUAGGCGCUUUGGGUGGCGGUGGUUGGUGUUGAGCGAAAUUGAAAGCGAUAUGUGACUUUGUAACCCUUGGUUAAUUCGAAAUAAAGCGACGAAUUUGGAACUAUCGAAACUAUUGAAAAUUGUAAAUAUUAUUAUGAGUAAUUCAGUGUUAAAGCGAAUAAUAAAGAGUGUUGAAUUUCCAGAAAA